GAGUGGUGUAUAAAUCCCCUUCUCUGGCAUAUCCCCCAGCACGGCGGGACGGGAGACCCUGGCACUUCGGUCCCCGGGGCACAAGCUGCAGCCACUGGCCUUUGGGUUGUUCGGACUUUGAACUCCUCGGCUCCGCUGCCCAAUCCCCACUAGCUCGUUUCCGUAGGGGGCUCCCGGGCAUUUCUUGGUGGGUGAUUCCUCUGCUCCCGCUGCUGCACCAGGAUGUCGGAGAAACGCGCGGAGGAGGCUACUGCAGAAGUGGGUGCCACGGAAUUGAAAGAAAAGAAGGAAAAACUGGAGGAGAAGACUGUCUGCAAAGAAAAGAAGAAGGAGAUAAUAGAGGAUGAGGAAAAUGGUGCAGAGGAGGAAGAGAAUCCUGAGGAUGUGGAUGAAGAAGAGGCAGGAGAAGAGGAUGACGAUGGAGAUGAGAAUGGGCAGGAGCAGGACGGACAUGCAGCAAAACGAUCUGCAGAGGAAGAAGAGGAGGAUGAAGUUGAUCCAAAGAGACAGAAGACAGAAAAUGGGUCUUCGGCUUGAGUUCUCUCAUCCCAUCCUUUCUUACUCCAUUUGUGUCUCCUGCCUCCAUUCCAGCCUGUGCUUGCACUGUCAUUUAGCCUCUGGCUUCACACAAUCUCAGAUGAGGAAGGAUUAGAAAUGCUCUCAGACAGGGAAGAGGGCAUGGGACUAAGAGUUUCCCUUCCACCCCAAGUUCUAGCCUUCCUAUGAUGCUCCCAAAUCUGAGGUUGCCCACUCGCCCAGCACAUCUCCACUGCUAAUUACUAUUCCUGCACCCCACUCCCAAAUAAUCCCAAUAGUCCUCAAAAUGAUGACCCCUCCUUUUCCCAACAAGCAACCUGACAUAUUCCAAAUUCCAGACUCAUCCCACAACAAGCGCCUCUAAUCCCUUUUCACUUGCCACCUCUCUCCACUAAUUUGAUCAAGAUUCUCACCCCUCUGCUUCUGAGAUCUGCCCUCCAACAUCCUCCUUGGGAUAGAGAAGGUUGAGGGCAGGGAUCUCAUGAUACCUAUCCUAAGUCUUCCCUUAACUGCCUUCUAUCUGAUCCCUCUGAGAGAAAGAAAAGGAAUGUUACAUGCAAAUAACUUUUUUUUUAUUAAAGCGCACACACAGGCAGAAAUUUAGCUUAAUAUUAAAAAAAAAAGGUUUACACAACAGGUAAGCUGGCCCCAUGAUUUUUUUCCAGAAGAUAAAGGUUGUUUUUAUGUAUAAAUUAAUGUGUGUUGCAGUUUCUCAUUUUGGGGCUUUUUUUAAAAAAAAAAAAAAAAGAAGAAGAAAAAGAGAAAUAAUUAGGGACCAAAUUUUGAUUUCCAUUCCCCUUCCAGAUUACCUUGUUGCUGUUUUUGUAAAUUAAAGCCGAUCCAGUUACGGCAUUUUCUAUGGCACAAACCGUCAUAAGGGUGAUAGAUAUAAAUAUAUAUAUUGUUUUCAAGUAGCACUGUAAAUAAACUCAUUUAAAAAGA